GAUAAAAAGGAAGAAAAAACAAACGAUUCGUUUGGUUUCAGAAAACCCCGGAAUUGUCUGUGGCAGAAAAUCCAAUUUGACGUUUCUAUUGCCACGUGGAAAUGAUUCUGCAAAGGAAACUCACGUGGGGGCCGUAAAUGUCUUGAAUCUCGUUGGGAUUAAUGAUGAGCAGCACGUCCCCGAUGAACGUGUGAAAAUAUCCUCGUCGCAAUCUAGCGUGCAGUUCGUCCAGGACAGCAUCUUCCGUCAGGAUUUCCAGAGCCGCUAGAUCCUCCGUCAACAUUUGUUCGGGCGCAUCGGUUUGGUUGAACCUCCGGCGUCGCCCUCGCGGUCUCAGCUCAAGCCAAACCGCCAACGGACUAUCCUCGUUUUGCCGCUUCUGAGGACGGCGCGGUGCUCGGUGCUCACGUUCUUCCCAACAACACCACCGGCAACAAACUCACGGUGAGGCUAAGCGGAGGCAACUGCUGCUCCUACGGUCGACAGCUACACCAUCACGGGAUUCUCCUCAGCCUCGUCGAUCCCGCCAUCACGAAACGACUUUAGUUUCGAGACUUGCUGCUAUCACGUCGCAUCAUAUAAACCGCGAACACGUUAAUUCUUCCGCUCCUCGGUUAAUAAACGACUUUAAACACCGAUCGAUAAAAACCGAUCGACGCGCGACCAACGGUUGAUCGGAAAAUCGAAAUUUAUAUAAAAAACAAACGAUAAAAAUCUAAAUGAACGAUGAAACGAGGAGAGAAAUAAGCUUGGAGAAAAAGCUGAUGCAGUGAACGGUUUAAAAGUGACAGUGACUCCGAUAAGAAUUUGACAAUAUUUGACGUUUGUUGCCCCGAAUUUGUGACUUUCAAGUAUUUUCCCGGCGCGUCGGGGGCGGGGAGAUGGGGUCAAGUUUGUGGUACUACUGAAGAAAUGUGCACGUAGAAGACUGUGAACAGAAGAAGCCUUGAAAAAAGAUAAAACGUUGCUGAGGAAGUGUGCUCUCGUCAGCAGCUCUGAUCGACGGUCUCUCAGUUUCUCCUCUGCGUUUCAGAUUCUUCGGAGGGGGGGAUGGAGAUGCGCCCCGUUCUCGUGGCUAUCUGCCUUCUCCUCGUCACCCCCAUUACCGGCUCUUUCUGGACCGUGGGCAGCCAAGUGGUUAUGGAUCCGAUGCUCGUAUGCAAAAAAACGCGACGUUUGCGAGGCAAGCUCGCGGAGAUAUGCCGGAACGAGCCGUCUCUGCUCAAAGAGAUUUCCAAGGGAGUUCAAGUUGGCACGAGGGAGUGUCAGUAUCAGUUCAGGAAUCGCAGGUGGAAUUGCACCACGGUACGGAGAUCUCUGAGGAAGAUACUUUUGCGAGAUACCCGAGAGACUGGAUUUGUCAAUGCCAUCACCGCAGCCGGAGUCACUUACGCGGUUACGCGGGCCUGUACGAUGGGAGACCUCGUGGAAUGUUCUUGCGACAAAGUCACUGCGAGGGGUCGAAAAAACGGGGCUCAGACGUCAGUCGACAACAUGAUGAAGAACAAGAACGUUCCCAUCGAUGGGGACUGGGAGUGGGGAGGCUGCGGCGACAACGUUAAUUUCGGUUAUAAAAAAUCGCGAGAAUUUAUGGACGCCCCUUACAGGAAGAGGAGUGACAUCAAGACGCUCGUCAAGCUGCACAAUAAUGAUGCUGGUCGUCUGGCAGUGCGAAACUUCAUGAGGACCGAUUGCAAGUGCCACGGUCUCUCGGGUUCGUGCACCGUGCGAACCUGUUGGCGAAAAAUGCCCUCGUUUCGUGAGAUCGGUAACCACCUGAAGGAUUCUUUCGACGGUGCAGCUAAAGUCAUACCGAGCAACGACGGCCACAAGUUCAUAACGGAGGGUCUCACGAUCAAGCCUCCGGGCCGGCACGAUCUCGUUUACACCGAGGACUCGCCCGAUUUCUGCAAAACCAAUCGCAAGACCGGCUCCCUCGGGACUCAGGGCAGACAAUGCAAUUCCACGAGUCCAGGAGUCGAAGGCUGCGAAUUGCUCUGCUGCGGACGUGGCUACGACACUAAAAUAGUCAAGGAAAAAGUCAACUGCCAGUGCAGAUUUCGAUGGUGCUGCGAAGUCACCUGCAACACUUGUCUCGUCAAAAGAUCCGUCAACACUUGUCGCUGAUAAUUAAUCAUCAUUUUUAGCUUUUACCCUCAUUUAGACUCAUCAUCUAUUUCAUCGCUCGCUCCACGCAAUCGAGAAUCUUUAUCGCCUGUAAUCGAUCCCGAUCCCAAAAAUACCCGGCUCCGCCAACAAUUUAUCACAAAUAAAUAUUUUUCGUAUUAAAUUUCAAAGUUUUUCUUUCCAGAAAAUCUCGAAUUUCACGAGCCAAUCUGUCAAAAAAUCUUUGCCACCGGAGCAGCUUCUUUGGAAAACACGACUUGAAAGGCACCAAUUUUGUACUAUUUGCACAACGCUACGAUAAGCUUUCCGAUCAAUAAUAGCGAUGCCUUUUUCAUCGCUGUUACAAUUGUUGUUUAUUUCUUGUUAUUGUUGUUUCUUGUUUAAAUGUUAGGAAAGAUCGGAGGAAACGACACAACCGAUCGAAAUGUCUGAUGAUUUCCGCAGCGCUUUCUCCUCCCUCGAUCAAUUCAUUUACGUUAAUCCCGACUUAGAUUUAAUCUUCGAAGUAACCGCACUUUCUGUACAUAAGACUGAAUUCAGCCCGUCAAUUUUUCUACCUGCUCUGUGUUUCUUUCGAUGUGAUAUUUAGCAUAUUAUUUCGCGUGUGUGCUUGUGAUCUCGAAACUAUUAAAUCCACUUGGAUGAGAACAUUAAUAAUAAAAUACGAUAAGACCGAGGAGCCUGUGUUGACGUCAUUUUUUUCCAAAAUCUCCAUUCGAUCAUGCACAAUCGACGAAAGUCGAGAAAGGAAGCGUUCCGAGCGACAAUUUCAUUGCGAUCGAGUGAAAAAAGGCAGGAACUUGCCAUCGCGGUUUCUAAAACCUUCUGCGAAACUUUCUCAUCGACGUGUGUUAAAUGAGCCCUCGCUACACUCAUUCGACACGAUGUUUAGCCGAUGUAUAAGAAGGCCAUAAGAAAGAGCUUUUCUUCGGGCCAAU